CUGGCAUACGCUCAUGAGUUAGCUCUAAGACAAUACAACUUAUUACUGAUAUCGCGAUCACAAGAAAAGUUGGAAAAAUUGGACCCAGACAUCCAAGUUUUGGUCAACAACGUUGGUAUCGCUUACCCGGAUGGUAAGCCCACCCUUUUCGGGGAUAUGCCUAAUUUGGACCAAUUCUGUACGGAUAUGAUUAACGUUAACAUAAUGUCGUGCACACGACUCACGGCACUUGUAUUGCCAGCAAUGGUGGCCAAUGGACGGGGAGUCAUAAUCAACGUAUCGUCGGUGGCGGCUAUCACUCCCAUGCCAUUAAUGAGCCAAUACUCGGCCACCAAAAGCAUACAUGGAUUACUU